UAUAACGAUAGAAUUGACUGAAAUUUCAACAUUUACUGAGUUGAAUAAAGUAAUAAAUACAGAGAUUCUUCUAUUUAAAAUAAAUUAACAAAACUUUUCCCAAGAGAGGGCAAUAAAUAAUCGCCAUGAAGAUCUACAUUUUAUUCUUUUUCGCAUUGUUUGCUUGCAAAAUUACCUGCAGACCUAAUUCAUUAUCUUUUAAUUUCCAUACGGAUCACAUUUGUGAGUUUCCUCAACCGAUUAGAACCAAGAUUUCCGAAUGUAUAGAAUACAACAUGCCUCGUAAUUACAAAGAAGAGUUUGAGCGUUUUAAUCGAUGUUUUGGAAAAGAUUCUUUUGCCGAAGUUAUAAACAUGAUUUGUGAAUCAAACGGAGGAAAGAACGGCGUCAAAGAACAGUAUUUAUAUUGCUUUUCUUUGUUGACUUUUGACGAAAACGAGCAUCCCUCAUAUUGAUUACAAUGUAAAUACCACGGAGAUUCCUGUCUUUUUAACCUAAUGGCGGCUUCAUGUUCUUUCAACCGCACUUCCAGUUUCCUUCCGUUUCUCGAAUAUAAUAUUUCGGGCAUGGACAUAUAUAUGGAAAUUUAAUAUAUAAACUGUAUGUUGUUUGAUUUUUUACUUUAUAUCUAUUAUUUAAGUAACUGCUAUACCACUUACUUAAUUUACUCUUUGGAUAACCAUUUAAUAAAUAUUUUUUUUAAAAACUACAAGAAAAACUCUAAAUUAUAAUUCUUAUUGCCCCAUAGAAACAAAGAAAAAUAUAUAUUUAAUGGAAUUGACGAAAACACUAAACAGGACAACGUUACAAGAAGACAUAGAAGCAUAAAAAAAGAAGGUUUUCCGUACCAUUAGUUUCAUUUCUUUGACCUAUGUUUGA